AUGUUUCCCGACUUGAAAGGCGAGGGAGGCGGGGCAAGGGGCGGGACGCGUAGCGUGCGCGUACGCGGUUCUUGGCGCCAGUUCAAUUCAAUCGCCGCCGACUAUUUAAAAAAAGCUCGGCCACCGCUCUUUUUCUGUAUUUUUCUUCUAUUUUUUUGAUGCACACAUGAACAUAAUCAAUAAAUAAUUAAAAAAACUAGUGAAAAAGAGCAAUAAAUAAGCUCUCUGAAUGCUCGCUAGCGGUUGAAUUGAACACGUGCCAAGAACCGCGUACGCACACGCUACGCGUCCCGCCCCUUGCCACGCCUCCCACGCCUUUCAAGUCGGGAAACAUUGACUAUAAAUAGCACACAAAUAAAACAUCUUCUGCUCUGAAAUCGUUCAAAAACUGAGCUUUCGCAUACUUUUCCUGCUUCCUGAGUUUUUCCGGGAUUCCUAGACACUGACUUUAGGAUAAGCUUCCAGGGAACAAAGUUUAAAACCGCGAGGGCUGCUUCAAAAUUAACCUGAAACCUUUCAAACUCCUUUUUUUUAUCAUUCAGAAGGAUUAGAAGCAAAAACUGAGGCUUCUCUGAUUAGCCGAGAUGACUUAAUAGCAGCGUAACGACCGUAUAUGGAAAACAAGAUGACAGGCGCGGAGGAAUCUCGGCAAUCUCGACGGCGUUUUUUGCACACGCCGAAGCCCUUUGGAACAAGCUGACGUUGGCCUGAGACGGCUUACGGAUCUCAUAACGAGGGGCCGAACUCACCUCUUUUUGCACCAAAAAACUUCUGCCGCUUAUAAAGGGCCAGGUGUCGAAUCGCACGCUGCCAUGCUUUUCUUUUCCCAGCUUCUUCCGUCAAUUUCUCUUAUUCUUGUGUUGAAUAUUCAUCUCACAUUGGCCUCCCGCAAUCAUAACAUUGAUUCGCAUACGGUGGAGAUUCUUCUGCAUGAGAUUCGGAAAAGGCUGCAGAUCGCCCCUGAAACUCCUCUUACUCAAGAUGAUCCUUCCAUCGCCAAUAAUGAAGUCGAGGAAGGUUCUGGUCAGGAACAUCCGAUUAUGGGAAUCACUGGAGUUCCUUUAUUAACCACUACAACCGAUCGAUUCCCCACUCCAUCGCCGGAUUUGGAAAGUAGCGGGGAAACUAUGGAGCGGGAGCAGUUGGAGCAGUUCACGCUCACGAAAAUGAAGCAGCUAGCCGAUUUGGAACAUAAAGGCUAGUUUUUUAUCAUAUUUUCUGAUCAAGUAAAGAUUUCCAGAUCGGUUAAUAGUCAACCAUCAAGCCACUAUAAAUAUGCUACGGGGACUUGAUGUUCAAGGUUUUUAUUUUAAAUUUAUAUUGAGUGAUUGAGAAUGCAAAAAACUCUGCAGAAAAGUAAUCAGAUCGAAAAAACUUUCACUGACUUUUCCUUUUCCUUUAAAGUUCGAGCGCUAGCAAUUCCAUGAUCAAAGUUGAAAUUUCGACAUUUUCAAAGCACCAUAACUCCAAUUGGAACCAAAAUACGGGAAAAACAUUUAGCGCACCCUUUUUUUCACAAGAAUCGACUAUUCAAAGACGUUUUUGUAUCAAAUUAUUUUUAUCUGUUAGAACCCCUGUAUUUCUUCACAUUCAAUCAACCAUAUUGGCACCUGACGUAAGAGAUAACAAAAAAAAAGUUGCCCUUUUUCGGCGAGAAGGAGCGGUUUAACGAGUUCGUCUUGCAGGAUCCAGCGGCGGCUAUCACAGGGCACUGUCGGGCGGUUAUCUCCCGCCUCACACCUACGAUCCUCACAACGUCAACUGGUUCAGCUAUGGUGACGACUCGGACCGCAAGAAAAAUGCGGCAAUCGCUCAGUUCAGAAGAGUAAUGAGCAAUUAA